UUCUCAGAUCACUUUUCUGGGUUAUGUGAUUGAGGGGCAUUUUUCAAAAACGAAACUUUAGUUGCGAGCACAAAAAAAUGCGGAAAUGUACUCUUGAGAUUUGUUGUUGAUAUCUGGUCGUGGCGCAGCGCCUAUAUAUAGCAGUGUCACCACUCCGAAUUUCAGUGAUUUUAGUGCUUUACGAAAACUAAAAUUGAUGCAGAGGCACAUGACAUCAGAUUAUAUCUUAUAGCACUAAGACACAAUUCAGGUAUAUUUGUUCCCUGUUGCGUAGGCAAAAUUUCUCGUCUUUUAUUGUUUUGUAAAUUUCAAAUUCUUCUCAUACCACCGUGAGUCAUUUAUAAGAUUGGUUUUAAAGAAAGCCACUGAAACCCAACCCCAUCCCACACAUUGAGUGGGUUGUAGAAGUGGAAACAUUGGGUGCCUCUUGGCUCCUGAAAUAUUUCCUAUAUUCUGAUACUUACAACUGUACUAGUCUGUCACUGGAUACUGUAUUACCACAGAGCCAUGCCAUAUAGGGACAUUUAUUUUAGGAAAGAUGGAACAUUUUAUAAGUCUUUGAUCUGAUCACCUGAGCAGAGUUCAUAAUGGCAGGGCUGAGGGGGAUGAGAGCCCUCCAGAAAUGGGCUCAAGUCAGAACAGACGGCUACAAAGACGUCCAUGUCUGCGAUAUGAGCAAGUCUUGGAGGAAUGGGCUCGCUUUCUGUGCUAUUAUUCACAGAUAUAGACCAGACUUGAUAGACUUUGAUGCCUUGUCAAAGGAGAAUGUUUAUGAAAAUAAUUCACUGGCCUUUGAAGUGGCUCAGGUGGAGCUGGGUGUCCCUGCUCUGCUGGAUGCAGAGGAUAUGGUGGCCCUGGAAGUCCCAGAUAAACUCAGUAUUACCACCUAUGUGGCUCAGUUAUAUAACUACUUCAAGGACAUGAUACCAGUUGGUGGCCCGGACGUGAAGGCUCCAAUAAAGCGUCAUUCUGCUGCGCCAUCUUCUCCACUUCAGAGUCCAAAACGGAUCACAUUUGACAAGAAAAGCAAACAGCAGCCUUCAUCUGAUAAGAAAAGCAGCACCCUUAGUGAUCGCUGUGCUUUAUGCGAUGGGAAAGUUUACCUUCUGGAGAGGCAAAUUGUAGACGGUCAUUCUUACCACAGGACGUGCUGGAAGGAUUCAAACCCAUCUCCUGCUGCUCACGGAGGCUACCCACUGUCACCAUCCCACCGACAGAAAAAAGAGACUCCUGCGUUUAGUUUUGAUGUCCCUCAUUCCAAGGAGCACGCCCACAGCGAGCCUCCUAAACAUACAAAGAUAGAAAAGGAGAAGUCCACCGAGGACCACAAGCAUAAAUUCAGACUACAUCUUGGAAACCAUAAAAAACAUGACUUAGGUAAAGAUACUACUAAAACACCGGUUGGGAAAACAAAAGAAAUUUCUUCCCACGAAGAAGGAUUGCCUUCUAAGUUUAGGAAAACGGAAGAUAAACUAGCAGAUAAAUCUGCCAAGAAAGGAGGCUUGAAAACUGGUGAAUAUGGUCGGAAACUUUUGUUCAAGAAAGAUGCAACUCCAGAUGUGAAGAGCGCAAUAUCUAUGUUCCAAGAUAAAGAGCAAGAAACACCUGGGAAAGCAGCAGUGACAGCAUCACCAGUUUUAAGACGGACUGAAAACAAAGGAGAUAACAGAAAGAUGGAUCUUGGUAAAAGUGAUAGUAAUAAAUCGGAUGACUUUGAUCUGGACAGUCUUGUGGAAGCCAACUCUGAAGCUCUUAGUGUUAGUAAAACCAGUGCUAAUCACAAGCCAAGGCCAGUUUCACUAGGUGUGCAGAAAAGAACAGGACCACUGGGGAAGGCAGGCAAUGACAAAAAAGAUUUGACAUCUCCUGGAAAGACUAUGGACCUUUUUAUCAGUAAUGUGUCAAGAUCUAGCAUACGCAAAGAAAAGGCACAGAGCGCUGAUCUUGAACAUCUGAAGCAAACAGGAGUGAGACAUUCUUUUCUUGAUAAAUUAGAAAGUACACCAAGGAAAAAUGAAAGUGACAGUCCACUGAAAAAGACUAAUGUUACUCCAGGUUAUGAUUCUAGGGGAGACUCGGGUGAUAAGGUGGAGAAAAGUAAAGAUAUUCAGGAACGUGACAUAUUUAAGGCCUACAAAGAAAAAUAUGGAACACCCACAAAAGAGACCGAUGCAUCAAAAAAGCAAAUUCCAGAAGUUAGGAAAACUGACGUGGUUAUUCCUUCUAAGUUACAUGAAACACCUUGUAAAGAAACAAAAGAAGAAACCCCAGCUGACAAUGCUCUUAGUCAGAGCAAAGACUCGAACAGUGUUAAAAAGGGACUAUAUGGUGAUCGAUAUUUUGAAGAAGACUGGCAGUUGAAGUUGAGUGCCAAAAUAAGGGGUCUUUCCAAAGGAGUAAAAGAAGAAAGUGCCUCAGAGGAAAAGCAGGAAGAAAGUAUGGACCAGACAGCAAGUCUACAUGUUGAUGUAACCGAGGAAGAAGAAAUAUCAGAAUCUCCUUCAUCAUCACCCACCAGCCAGUCGAGUAGUGAAGAAAAAAUGGAAGAACAAGUUGAGACGACAACUUUAAAUGAGGGGGUUGAAUCCAGAGAAAAUUUCAAGCCAGCUCCCCGCAGUGCAACCCAUGACAAUAUUUCAGAAAAAUCUGAAAAGACUGAACUACCUCCAAAGGCAUCCUCUCUUGAGAAUUUAGAUAAAACACCCCAAAAAGAGAAAAAAUACGGAGUUGAUGACAAGCAUAAUGAGCUGAAGAGCUCAUCUGUUGAAGAUUUGCUGGCAGCUCGUAGACGGAGAAGAGAAAAUUUAGCUGCGUCAUCUGUAGAAAGUUUGGAUUCACAGGGCACUCCUAAAGCUUCAAACAUAUGCGCUGUCUGCAAUGACAGAGUGUUUCGUUCUGAAAGAGUACAAAUAAAUGGCGCAGUCUUCCAUAAGAAAUGUCAGGAUAAGCAACCAGAGGUCAAGAGUGUCCCUACAGAAGCAACCACAAAGAGAACAACUGACAGAACAUCGCGCUCCAGCAGUGAGUCUUUGAAUGAUGUUAAAGAAGCAAGAAAUACAGAACCAAAUAGUGUUCCAGAUAGGAAACAUUCUGAGAAGUCACUUGGUUCAAGUGCAGAGUCAUUAAACGAUGCGAAAUCUGUUGAAAAAGGUGCUGCCAUUGACACUUCCUCAGUGAUUCGUAGAAAGAAGGAAUUAAACUCUGAGAUUUCACGGCCAGACUCUGAAAAGACUCCAACGAGGGCUAUAAAAUCAGAAAUUAUUUUGACUGAUCAAAGUAAUUUGAAAGGUAGUGGUGUUGAAUUUGAUGGUGAAUUUAAAAGACCUUUUCCAAAACCAAGGAUUAAGAGCAUUGACAAUGAGAGGGUUAAUGGUACUUCAAAUGACAAACAGGUUCAUGAAAAAACUGCUUACAUUCCACUUAAAGAAAAAAAUUCAAAAGAACUUGAAGUUAAGCAAGAAAGAAAGUAUGGUUGGAGAAAUAGCAAAGAGAAUACUGAAUAUAAAGUCCAGGAUUCUCCAACUUUUGCUCUAAAAACUAAUGAAAAGCGAAGUAGCUGGGAUGAAAAAGAAAAGCAGCAAAAAUCUAGGCUAGGUGCUAAAGAAGACAGCAAUGUUCCUGAAUGGCAGUUAGAAGCUCAAAAACGCCAAGCCAGAAAAUUUGUAGAUCCAGAAAAAUCUUGGCUGACUAAAACUCCAGAAAAGUUCAAGCAAGAAACAGUUAAUUCUGUAUCAAAGAUUUCUAACAAAACCGAUGUGGCUAAAAAAUGGGAGAGAGAUGAAAAAGUUGAUAAAGGGAAACCAGAGCGUUCAACAUUGAGACAAACCCAAGAAGAGUAUCCAGAUGAAUUGAACCCAUUUGGGACUACAGAUGAUGAAAAGCAGUUGGCCAAGGAAAUCCAAGCUAAGAAUGAUAAUUCUUCUAAUAUUUAUAAUGAAAACAACAAGGCUGGGCUGUCUAGGAGAACAAAGGUUAAAAGCUACAACCCAUUUGAAUCAGAUGAAGACGAUGUACCAGAAUCUCCACUGAAAAGUUCACCUGUGGAAACAAAAAAGAAGAAAGGAGAAAGUUUAAAUCCCUUUGAUACCUCUGAUGAAGAUGAGGAUGCAGGAGAAUUGUCAGGUUGGCAGAAGGAAGCAGAACGUAGGAGAAUUGCCAGAGAAAGUCAGUCUGAGGAGGACUGGCUGAGAGGCAGAUCAGUGUCCAGUUCUGACUCGGAAACAAAAGGGAGAGGCACGAGGCCAGUUGAUAAUGGCGUAUCAGAGAUGCCCCCUCCCAAACCUCCACGUAGUAAUGCAGGUACUUUAGAACCUGAAAGCAAGUUAGACUGGCAGAAGGAGGCAGAGAAACGCCAGGAAGCUAGAGGAGGGGUGUAUGAAUCUCCCAGUAGAAAAGUAAUCCAUCCUAAAGAUGAUGACAAUGAGGAGGAGGAAAAACACAUUGCCCCAUCAAGCCGUGGACUUAAGAAGGUUGUGCCAGACAGGCCUUUUCACUUUGAUAGCACCAGUACAGAUCAAGGGCGAUCUUCGUCCACUUUUAGCGAGAGUGAAGGAGUGGACUCUCCACGCCAGCAGGGAGGGGCAAGAAAGAAACGCCUAGCACCUCAGCCACCAAAGGAUACACCACCUCUUUCACCUUCCCCAACUCCCUCUCCAACACCCUCACCAGGCAUUGUAAGCUCCCCAGAGAAAGAACUGGAUUUAUCCAACACACACCCCAGAUAUAAGAAACGCAAUGCACCUUCAAGACCCAUAGCACCAAAGCGUAAGAUCUGCUCUGGAGAGAGACGUCUGUCUACAACAGAAAUCAAGCAUGAGUUGGAUGUCCUGGACAAAGAACAGACAGAACUAGAAGUGGAGGGAAGGGAGUUGGAAAAUAAAAUAAGAGGAUCUGGGAGUCAGGGCGAAGAUGACGAUGAACUCCUUAGCCAGUGGUUUGAACUUGUAAACAAGAAAAACAGGAUGGUGAGGAGGGAGUCAGAGAUAAUUUACAUCAGCACUACCAGCACAAGCGAUGACGAAGCCAGUAAUUCUCACAGUGGCAGCUUAGACGGAGACAGUAAUGCCAAAAUUGACAGCAGCAACAGUAGCAACAACGGUGACAAUAAAAGUGACAAGAAAUCUGAUAGUUCUGAAGAAUAUGCUACUGCUUCAGAUCAUAAAGGCAGUGGCUCUGCUGCAAGUGAUGAUGAUGAGGAGGAGGAUUAUUUGGAUGAUGAUGAUGUGUUUGAGGAGCCAGUGAGCAACUCUCGGCUACAGGCACUAGAAGACAGACAAGCAGAUAUUGAAUAUGACUUGAGGUGCAUUAUGGAAAAACAAGAGCAUGUAAAGACUGACAGUGACAAACAAAAAGAAGAAGAACUACUGGCUGAGUUGGUACAAGUUGUGGAAGAGAGAAGCAGGGUUGUUGAUACAAUGGAAGAGGACAGGAUAAGGGCUGAAGAAGAAGAUAAAGAAAUUGAGGUUGUUUUGAGUGAGAAAGGGCUAAACACAGGCAUUCCAGAGAAGGAAAAAGACAAGAAGAAAAAGGAAAAGAAAGAUAAAAAGGGAAAGAAGGGAAAGAAGAAAUAAUGCCACCACCAAGCUAUUGAUUGUCAAUAUGCAAUGCUUGAUACUUUUGUUUUAACAUUGGACCACACCAAAUGAAGUUAAUUGCCAUUCUUAUCAAUUUUUCUAUUAGUCUGUGCCUUAUGUCUGUAAAGUUAACAUUCUGAUAAACUUGCAUUUGAAUAAAUAAAUUUUAUUGAAACGUUUUAAAGAGUAGGAGCAAUUAGCACAAUUAAUUGUGAUACAUUUUUGUUGCUUUUCUUAUAAUGUUUAAACUCAUCUAGUAUUCAUUCAUCCUAUUCACUAUUUUUAAACAUGUUUUCAAAAUCUUUUCAAGAUUUAAAUGUUUUAAACAUGGCAUAUUUCAAAUGAUGAAAACGGUAUGAAAUACGACUGUGUUUUACAACUUGGAAGUUCAGUCCCUAUUCCUUUGACAAAUUUUGUUAAAAACCAUUGUAAUUGUUGUUGUAGUUGGUUUAUGUACCUGUUAUAACCAUUUGUUCACCUUGUGUAAAUAGACACAUUAUCACAAUGAAUUCUGGUAGGUGAUGAUUCCAUACCAUAUAUCACCACUGGAAUUUAUCAGUCUUUCAGUUUGUAUUUGCAAACAUCUUAAGUUGUAGCUUAAUUGUAUCUUAAACAUCUAUGUUGCUUUUGUCAAGGGCAGGUUGAAGAAGUGAAAUAAUCUGGUUAUAGGAAUUCAAAGCAAAUGUAUUAUGUUCUUAUAUAUAUUAGCUUUUGGUUUUUAUUUAGUCCAGGAAAUGUUUUGGUAAAUGAGAAAAUGUGCAAUAUUUAGUUAGCCAACAUGAUUUAAAUAGGGUUUGGGGGUUUGGUAUGCUUUUAUGUAACCACUGCCAGUACUAGGUUUUUUUUAAUAUGAAGCAAAAUAAAAUAGCAUAAAUAUAGCACCAUAUUUAAUAGUGCAUUCAUUUGUACAUUUUAAUCCCUUUUUUAUAAAAAGAAAUUCAAGCUACAACUUGGUGCUUUAAGUGUUAAGACAUGAUUGUACGUUUUCAGUCUUAUUUGAUUGUUUAUGAUUGCUAGAGAACCAUGGCAGUUUGAAUUUUUCUGGGUGCUUAUCUGUAAGUCAACUAAAAAGGCUGCAUUAGAAUUGUUCUUGGCAAGUACAAGCAAUGUCUAAAGUCUCCCCUCUCCCCUCCCAUAUUUGUAUGAAUACAACAUACCAAUACCUCAAAAAUAUAUGCUGGCUAUGGAAAGUUUCGUUUAAAAUGAAGCUCAACCUCUCCUCAUUCAUCAUAUGGGACUAUAAAAACCUAAUCAGAACGGUCCAUUAGGUAUAUGUAAGGUGCACGGUAGUCACAUUCAAAGAAGACAAAAACAUUCUAGAUUUAAACACAUUUAAUAUGUUAUUGUAGUUCAAAAUGGCAAAAAAUGGUAUGUAAUGAUGAUAUAUAUAUUUUACAAAUGUGAUUUUAUGUUAACAUUGAAAGUCAUAU